CUGUGAGAAUUGGAGCAUUAUAUCGCAGGUGCAAGUCAAAUAAAAUCGUCCUAGAAGAGAGAGAGAGAGAGAGAGAGAGAGAGAGAGAGAGAGAGAGAGAGAGAGAAAGAGAGAGAGAGAGAGAGAGAGAGAGAGACACAAUCAGUCAGUCUGUCACUUCCUAGCUUGGCAGGGUUGCCAUCGUCACGAUUCUAGAUCUAGAUCUAGUUAAUUCAACUAGAAAUCUAGAUCUAGAUCUAGUCUUGAUAUCUGGAUCUAGAAUCUAGAAUCUAGAAGCGCUCUACUCGAGAGUUCAGUGCAAGUGUAGCCUUCUACAUCUACAGUACAAGUUGAAGCCUAUGAAUCUUGUUCAAGAUCAAGACGAUUAGAAUAUUAGAUCGAAAAAAAAUCUAAGUGCGCUGUAUUCUCAAGAUUUGCAGCACAGAAACAUCGCAGCAAUGGUUUCAUUCGCUGAUGUCAUCGAUUUGCCGCUGUGGUUCUGGCUGGUGUGUUGCUGGCUGCUGUUCUGACCUAUUACAUAUACAUCGAGCCUUUAGGACUUUGGGAGAAACUUGGUGUCCCAGGACCCAAACCGACAAUGGUAAUUGGAAACAUUAUGCAGAUGUUUGACGAUACCAUCGGUGUUCGUGCACAAAUAAGGAUGUGUCAGGAACAAUAUGGCCGACUCUACGGAAUCUACUUCUUUCGAAAGCCUGUCAUUAUGAUUUUGGAUCUAGAGCUAUUGAAGCAAGUGUUUGUCAAAGACUUUGGUAAUUUCAGGGACAGAUUUUUAUUUCCGGAUCGGAAACUGCAUCAACCUAUUUUAAGGAAAGGUUUGUUCUUUGAAAAGGGAGAUAACUGGCACAGGCAGCGGAAGAUCAUGACUCAGCCGUUCAGCAGUGGAAAACUGAAAACACUCAUGCAUCAUAUCAACAGGACUGGUAGAUAUCUAGGGGACAGCUUGGCUCUUUGUGCUCGAGAGGGGAAAAUGGCGGAAGCAAAAGUUGUUUUUGGUGCGUAUGCGUUGGACGUUAUCUGCGGAGCUGCAUUUGGGUUGGAUAUAGACUGUCAGAAGAACCUUGAUCAUCCGUUUGCUCAAUAUGCAAGGAGUAUGAUGAAGAUCAGGAAGUCUGCUCAAUUGAAGAUGAUGUGUGUGGGAUUAUGCCCACCCAUAGCGCAUUUGUUUGAUUUCCUGAGGAUCGGUUUUAUUAAAAAUAGUGAUAUUGAGUUUUUCCGACAGAACCUUUCUGCUCUGGUUGCAGAGAGGAAAAGUGAUUCCGGCUCAAAAGCCCACUCAGAUUUUCUGCAGCUCUUGAUCAACGCUGAAGCAGAAGAUUCGGAAGACCUCAAAGGAUCGAAAAAACUGACUACGGAAGAGAUUGUAGCCCAGGGAAUCUUGUUUAUCAUGGCUGGCUACGAGACUAUGUCCUCCACGCUCCAGUAUAUUUUUUAUGAGAUUUCCAGGAAUCGUUACAUGCAAGAAAAUAUAGUCGAUGAAAUUCAGCGAGUUAUCGGAGACAAAUCUGAGCCAACAUAUGAAGACCUCCAGAAGCUAAAAUACACGGAAGCUGUGAUUAACGAGACCUUGAGAUACUAUCCCCCGAUUCACCUGGUGCCACGUGAAAGCAUCCAGGAGGUGAAGCUAGGGCCUUACGUCAUUCCAGCAAAGACAGGAAUCAUUAUUCCAAUUUGGAACAUCAUGCGAGAUCCAGAAUACUUCUCCGACCCAGACUGCUUUCAACCGGAGCGUUUUCUCGAUGAUAAAAAGCAAACUGCAAGUAUGAUUAACUUUCUGCCCUUUGGUUACGGGCCCCGGCAGUGUGCAGGUAUGAGAAUGGCUAUGAUAGAAUUAAAGUCUGCCAUUGUGCAAGUGAUGAAGAGAGUGGAGAUGGUCAGUGCCUUGCCGGAGGUACUGGACAUUGAGGACUACACUGGCUUCUUGGUACCCAAGCAACCCAUUCAACUGCAGAUGAAGGCUAAAGAUGAUGCUUGAAAACAAAUGAAAGGCCUCUGAGGCAAAUUGGUUUUUUGGAGCUCUCAAUAGAUAGGUCGUGGUGUGCGUACAUACAUGACAGCAUCAUGUCUCAUGUGUGUUUUGAAUAUAGAUCUAUAGAGAUUUUAUCAUUAUGCAAACAGUACCGUCAAACCUGUUCUGAUGGUCAUCUGUACAAGACAAUCACCUUUGCAAAUGACUACUUUCCAUCCCC